AUGCAACAACAACAGGGACAAAUAGAUGAUCUAGGGUUCUGUCCUAGCUUUAAUUGCUACUCUUCCGAUACUCUAGCCUCCAUCGCCGCUGCCAAAGUCACCAAUCAGUUAUUUCACGAUGUUGGAGAAGAGGAUUUCGAGUUCUCAAUCGUGCUUGGAGACGAAGAAAUUUCAGUCCAUGAUAUCGCUUUCGAAGCCCCGACGGUUUUUCCUCUUUUCAACCGUGAUCUAUUGAAUCAGGAAGAGGUAGAUCGUGAAGCUGUAAACGGAAGCGUUGAUGCUUGCUCGGAUUCUCUGGCGAAAUUGUUUAUGAACGAUCGGGAACGGGAAGAAUCUGCGUCUUCGUCGUCAUCAGAAGCGGACGAAUCGGAAGGUGAAACUCCUGGAGUGUUCUGUGUGUGGAGACCUAAAAUGGAUAUCGGAUCAUCGCCUCUUAGCAAAUGCAAAAAGAGCAGUUCCACCGGAUCGGGAUCAAAACGGUGGAGAAUUAGAGAUUUACUCCGGCGGAGCAACAGCGAAGGGAAAGAGCCGAUGGUGUUGUUGACUCAUAAAAAGGUGGACAUUCCCAAACAAAACCGGAGUUCCGGUGAAGUCUCCGUCGUUGCCAACAAAUCAAAAUCAUCAUCUCCGUCGUUUCAUGAAUUGUUCUACGUGCAACAACGAGCCAAAAGCGAAAUCGGAAAGAGGAAAUCGUAUCUACCUUACAGGCAAGGCCUAGUUGGGUUCUUCUCAAAUGUCAACGCCAAGGGGAAGAAAUCCCCAUUCUAA